ACACUCUGUCAGAGCGCGGCGUUGACAGCCACUGGCCACUGAUCAGCCCACUUGGUCGGGGUUUGUGUCUCCAUGCAAGACUGCUGAAAAAGAAGCUCUGACUCUCGCACUUUCUUUGAUUUUGCAAAGGCAAGCAGACGCAGCCACACAACACGCCCGUCCACGGCAACAAAAGCAUAAGAAGUGAAAAGCCUCUAAGUAUUUUUUUCCUAGACUCACCAGUGUCUCACAGCUCCCUGCACAAUGUCUGGAGAGGACGCACCUGCCCAGCAGCAAAACGCCGUGGACCAGAAGCAGGAGACCAAACCAGCGGAGGAGCCCAAAACCGAAUCGCCCAAGACGGAGUCCGCUCCCGCCGCUGCCGCCGAUGCAGCGGCUACCCCUGCGGCGACCACCGAGAAGGUCCCCGAGGAGGAGGCGUUCACCUACCGCGCUCUGGUGCUCACCGGCUACGGGGGCUAUGAUAAAGUGAAGUUGCACGUGAAGAAAGGCAAGCCGACGCUCAAGGCCGGAGAGGUCCUGGUGCGGGUCAAGGCUUGCGGGCUGAACUUCGCCGACUUGAUGGCCAGACAGGGGCUGUACGACCGGCUCCCAUCCCCGCCGGUCACCCCGGGAAUGGAGUGUUCCGGGGUGGUGGAGGCUGUAGGGGAAGAAGUGACAGACAGAAAAGUCGGUGACAAGGUGAUGGUGCUGAACCGCUUCGGGCUCUGGCAGGAGGUGGCGGUGGUGCCGGCAACCCACACCUUCCUCAUCCCAGAGGGCAUGAGCUUCGAGGAGGCAGCGGCCCUUCCUGUCAACUACGUCACCGCCUACAUGAUGCUGUUUGAUUUCGGCAACCUCCGGCCCAACCAGAGCGUCCUCGUCCACUCUGCUGCAGGUGGUGUGGGUAUCGCAGCCACCCAGCUGUGCCAGACGGUGAAGGAUGUGACUGUGUUCGGCACGGCGUCGGCCAGCAAGCAUGAGACCAUCAGCCAGGGCGGAGUCACGCAUGCCAUCGACUAUCGCACCAAGGACUAUGUGGAGGAGGUCCGCAAGAUCAGUCCCAAAGGGCUGGACAUAAUACUGGACCCUCUCGGAGGAUCAGACACCCAUAAGGCCUACAACCUGCUGAAGCCUAUGGGCAAACUUAUUACCUAUGGUACGGCUAACAUGCUGGCAGGCCAGAAGAAGAACCUGCUCGCCGUGGCCAAGAACUGGUACCACCAGUUCUCCAUCCACACGCUCAGCCUGAUCCAGGGCAACAAGUCGGUGUGCGGCUUCCACUUGGGCUACCUGGACGGUGAGACAGAGCUCAUCGCACAGGCCAUGAACACCAUCCUGGAUCUCUACAAGCAGGGCAAGGUCAAGCCCCGCAUCGACUCCACUUGGCAUCUUGAGCAGGUGGGCGAUGCCAUGAGGAAGAUGCAGGAGAGGAACAACAUCGGCAAAAUGAUCCUCACCACGGAGCCGAUGCCCGAGGAGGAGAAGAAAGAGGAGCCCAAGAAGGAGGACAAGAAGGAGGAAAAGAAGAAGGAUGACAAGAAGAAGGAUGACAAGAAGAAGGACGAUGCCAAGAAAGAGGAGAAGAAGGACGACAAGAAGAAAGAAGAGCCCAAGAAGGAGGAGAAGAAGGAGGAAGAGAAGAAGGAAGAGGUCAAGAAGGAGGAGAAGUGAGAGGGAGGGAUGGAGAGUCAAGCAGACCACCUGGGGGUUUGUGUCCUGGGAGCAGGGGGUGUGGUGUGGGAUGGUGGGGUGGGGUCGGGGUGGGGGUAAGGAUGGAGAUGGAGAUGGAUGGUGUGGGAGGGUGGGGGUGGAGCAUAAAACAAGAAUGGGAAGGAGUUAGAAGGGUAGAUUACAAAAUUAUCACACCACUGUCAGUCUUUCAUCUCCUCCGCUUCACCCUCGAGUCCACAAUGGCAGUGAUUACUCAGGCCUGGCUCCACCCACCCCUCCCCCCUGCCCUGCCCUCCCAUACAAUUUUCGAGCCUUUAUCUAAAAGAAAAAAAGAAUCCAAUCACUUGUGCCACCUUGUGAGCUCCAAACGUUUAUCCCCGCCUCACAAGAAAAAACAGUCGCAACACUCGGAAGAUUUCUUCCUAUUCGGAGCCAUGGAGGACCGUGGGUAGGGUCCAGGCUUGGUGCAAAUUACUGUCUCCUUGACAACCGUAAUCCCCGCUCGCACUUCGGCCCCACCCUCGACCCCACAUGCCCCUCCGCACCUCAACUCCCACUGUGCUAAAUUGUUCUGCUCUGACUUCCACCUGCCACCUACUCUCUCUCUCUCUCUCUCUCUCUCUCUCUCUCUCUCUGUCCUACCCCCCCCACACACACACACCCCCCAACCUCCCACCCCCCUCCCCCUCACUGUGCUGAGUCCCCCCCCAACCUCCCACACCACCCCCCAUCCACCCACCCAGCCACGGGCCGGACCCACAGACAGGCAACAAAGACAGGCAGACAAAACCGAGAAGAACCACACCCACCCACACGUUGCUCUCUUGGUGUCCAAACACUUAUAGUUAUGUCACUGAGAGUGAGUCAGAGAUGCCUGUGAUUGGCUCGUGUACCCCACCGCCCCUGGAGAUAUUUGCAUCCUGGUUUUGAUCAUGAUGUACGACUGCUCAGACAAUGCUGUAAGGCCUAACAUUGGUGAUUUUAUACGUGUGUAUCUCGGAUAUAGCUCGCAUCGGCCUCCAUCAGCGGCAUGGGAAACAGCUCCACAAUGCAUGCGUUCCCACCAGAUUUCAGUGGAAGUUAACAUAGCGGCCGCAGUUUUGCACUUGCCUGAAUAUGAAUUUCCCUCAUAAUGAGCCUUUCUGUGCCGCGUUGAAUAGGGAGGCAGAAAUCAUUGCUCAGCUUCCUUCUCCUUAGUUACAGAUUUUUCUAGCUGACCAACUGUUGGCAAGAAGUGCGCAGUGCCAAUUAAGAGAGAAUUUGUUUCUGUUCAAACAAGCCACAAAUACACACAUAUACACACACAAACAUACACACUCUGAAUGUGAUGAAAGGGCCACUGUCAUGCUGAGACAGUGAAGCGUCUGAAAUGAGCAAGUUAAGGUGAACACCAGUCCUUUCUCCUCGGGAUCAGAUCCCUUUUUUUUUUUUCUAUCCUCCUCGAGGCAUUCCACGGCAUUCUGCUGCUUUCACAGCGGCCGCUCGCCUGUCCAUCACCCUGACCUGAGAGAGGAGAAUUCAAUUCAAGCUGGCGUCCAUACUUUGCCUCCCCUCCUUCUCUCCACUCUCUCUCUCUCUCUCUCUCUCUCUCUCCCUCCUCUUUCCAUUUCCCUCUCUAUGGUCGGCAUAGCAACAGGCGUCAGGCUCGUCAGAGAUGGCACUGUGGUCUGUUUCUCUGACUCCCUCUCCCUGUGUCUCUCUUUUCUGCCUCCCUAACUCUGUAUUUGCCAGCAGUCGGUGCUGAGGACCAGUGUUUCAACAGGUGUAACAUGUAUUAACAAGUUCUGAUGAUAAAAUCAGGAGGUGAAGCAGUUUUUAAGGCUGUUAGAAAAUAGCGCCUGCAAACUGUUUUUUGUUUUUUUUUUCAAACCAGUCUGAAAUUUAAACAAAGUAUUGACAAUGGUGUGCCAUUAGGAGCAUACAGGCUAAAGCAGCACACCGCUCCCCCUAAUGGCCAGUAUGAAUCUCGCCCGUCUGGUGUCAUGUUAGAAGUCCACAAGUAUAAUCCUAAAUGUUUCAUCACAAAUCCCUCUGGGUGGGCUCUAAAUCUUUCAUGUAGAUGGAUUUCACAUCUUACAACCUUAGACAUUUAUCUACCUGCCAGCCUGCCUGUCUGUCUGCCUGUCUGUCUGUCUGUCUGUGAGCCCGGCCCCGGUGUUGAGACUCAGAUGGUGACUAGUGACUUUGUAAAAAACAGAAACAAAACGUUUAAAAAAAUAAAAAUUUAAAAAAUUAAAAAAAAAAAAGAGAAAGAAAAAAGUUGUUGUGUUAGCAUGAGUGGCCUCCCUCAUGUGCUGUGUGUGGUGUGCCAUUGUGUGUGAAGAUGUGUGUGUGUCCUCAGGUCGUUUGUCAGGUUUUAAAAACACCCAUCCCUAUCCCUGCGACACCCCCAACCCCCACCCUACCCCCCCCACACACACACUCCUCUGCUACAGUAUUAUGUAGCUCCAACCCAGCCCUCCCUCCUCACUCUCACUCUCUCUCUCUCUCUCUCUCUCCCUGUCUGAUAAGAGGCCUGUGUUAUGAGGACAGUUGGUAUUAGUAUUUUGCACUCUGCUCGCUGAUCUUAAUGCACUUACAAGCAUGGCAGUCGCACUCCAGUCCCACGCAGGCUUUGAUUGUGCUCCAGGUCUGCAGCCUGUUUCCCAUCAUCCACUCCCAGUGUAUCUGCUGAAGCUCACUGAAAGGACAGGUGGCACACACACACACACACACACACAUAUAUAGAAACACACACUCAUGUAGAGGUCCCCCCUCAUUUUCAGCUUGCCAGUCCCUGUCCAGGCCAACUUCUCCUGGGUGGCAGCUAAAAUCAAAGCAUUCAUCCAUCCUUGACUGUGGGAAGUAAAAUAUGGAGCAGGGCGGAGUGGACUUGGCUGGAGUGUGACCGCCACGCUGGUGUGGGGAGUGACUGUGUCCUGUCAGCCUCUGGUUAGUGUUCUGUUCUAAUCUGCUGGGCUCCCUUUGUGAACCUGUGGACGGUGCUUCUGUUCCGAGUGCCAUGUGAGAAACAAACGCUUCAGUGAAAAAAAAAAAUGAAAAAAAGGAUGUUUUACUUAAUAUGUUAUUUUAAUUUACCUUUAUAUUUUUGUUUGUUUGUUUGUUUUUGUUUUUUUUUUUUUUUGUUAUCCAAGGGUUUAAAGUUCAAAGCUCAUACUCUUUAUGUGGGGACCUGCCAACCUGCACUCCUUUUAAAUGUGACAAAGUCUUUCUGUUGGUCUGAACCAUGUGUGCCAAAUUGUAUGUAUAUUCCUCUGUCAAUGCUUUGAAUAUUAACAGUGCAUAAAAAAUAUGAAGAAAAUUCUGUUUUUUGGAUGCAUUUCCGUCAACCUUGAAGAAAAAAUGGAAAUACAAAAGAGUUGUGUCAGAUUUGUAUCCCAAAUGCUCAUGGGUGCUGACAGAAUUUUUGCUGCAGUUUACAAAAGGUUUAACACAAUUUGUAGUUUUUGAUUGGUUGGAGUCUUUCUCAAGCGAAGGCCUGCACUGUGCCUCUCUCCUUGCACACAGCUUACCUCAGUCCGAGGCGCCUCCCUCCAUCUUUAUGUCCUUUUCACUGUGUUUUACCAGCUCUUACAUCAUGACGACCACAACAGGUUGAUUCCUCCUACUUGUUUACAUCAUAAUAUCAGUAUCACAGUGAGAAGGAACUGGAUAAGGUGCAUUUAAGGUUCAAAACUCCACCAAAAGACAUAUAGAUUCACAGAAAUUACAAAAUUCUUCCAAAUCCAAAUCUCCAUGGUAUCCCUCUCUAUGGAUUUCUGUUUCUUUCAGUUUGUUUCCAAAUGGCUUGUAUAGCAAGCGAGGGAGCAGAUGUUUUUGCACAGCUGUUGCAGGGAUGCUAAUACUGUAACGCAGCUGUGUAAGACCCCAGCUUAUUGGCUGAUCAUAGCUCAGCCCUGGCCUGCCCCAGACACAACAUUUCCGCUUUACAGCUGAUCUCAGUUCACUCAAGGAUUAUUAGAGUCGUUCCUCUUUUCCUGUGCUGCAUCCGCAGAGCGCCUUGGCCGGUGCUACAGUCGCAGUCCAGCAGCAGCAGCAGCAGCAGCAGCAGCAGCCAGCCAGCCAGCCAGCCAAAACCCCCUCUCCUUCUCCCUCCAUUCACAUCCAUUGCAAAUAAAACCCUGCUCUGACAUCUGGAAUUUGAAAUUGCAUGCAUUCAUCUGCAUGUGGAAAACGGAUUAUAAUUUUUUUUUUUCUUUCAACAUUUUCCACUUGGUUCUUCAGAGCUAAGAUGCCUUUGAGAUGAACUCAAUCAGUGGGGCGGGUGUUUCAUGUCUGGGGGUUGGGGUUCGACUGGAUCUGUUGGUUAAACUCAAGCCCACCCCCUCUCUACUUUGGCCUGCUGCCUGAGAGCUUUUCCACCAUGGUGAAGCUGCAAUGUAUGUCAUCUUGAAAUGGUUUCCCAGUCAUUCCAGACACUUAUGCAAGAGUACUUAGCAACUCAGAGAUAUGCGGGAGAAAAACAGUGUUUCAAACUAAAAGUACACAAAGUGGUAAUUUUCUGAACAGUUGCAGUUUUAGAUUUGAUUUUACUAAUCAACACUCGUAGUUUUAGGUCUGAAAAACACACUAAGACAAUGAGUGUAGUAUUUCCAAUAGUUACUCUUCUGUCUGUCUUGGCUUGUGUAGCUGAAGUCCCUCACAGGCACCCACCGUUCAGCUUUGAGGUGAAUUUCUUUCUCUUUUAUAUGGUUUCUCAGGUCAUUCCAAACAGCGUUUUUCGUCAUGUAAGAAACCACUUCAUUUUGCAUUCAAUAACAAACACAACAUCACUCCGUUUCAUUGAGUUCACUGCACAAACUGUCACACCAAUUUUCCUUCACGCCAUCAAUGUUUGAUGUAAGCUUUAGUAUUGCGAGUCAAAAGGAGAGGUUCUGUCAGUGGGUCAUUUCCAGAUACAGAGCCACUGUCUUCACUCAUCCACACUCAGAACCCAACUCAGAACCCAAAACAGCCACAUCUGCCUGCAGCUAUUGUUUCCUUAGCAGUCAUUUUAAAGGUUUUUUGCAAUGCAGCCACAUCACAGCAAACAUUGCAGAGAUGCUAAGAAAGUACAACCUGGCUGGGCUUGUCGUGUACAGUACUAGGAUGCAUGUUUAGUCGACCAGAUAAUAAGGCAUGUGUGUAUGUACAGCUCACCGUCUCUUUCCACGUUAGUUUAGUAGUCAUGUAGCGGCGUGGUGUCAGGGAGUGAGAAUGCCCUUCCAGUCGUAUCAAGUUGCCAGCUGAAGCCAAUCCACUGCCCCCCCUGUGCCACCUGACUCCCUGUCCUCACCUUCAGCAUGGGCUCUCUCAUGGCCAGCUGGUGCUUUCAUGAUACACCUUAACCUAUCUCUGGGAAUGCUUCAGAAACUCACUUCACAUCCAUCCCGCUACACAUCUCCUGUUAGAGUUCAGUCACCACUGGUAAUUUUCUACAAGGCAUACCCAACAGGUUGAUUUCUAAGCUAGCACUCCUCUCCUCUGUCCUUCCUUGUGUUGUUUUCUUCCUGGUUGCAAACACUCUUCUCGUCUCGACUUUGUUUUUUAAACCCUUUGAAUUGAUGCUGCUUCUGUGCUUGACUCUGGGUUUACUGCGUGGUGCCAUGUUGUCCACAUGGCCUCUAGAGCUUGUAACGCUUCAGUGUGUAAUGUUACCAUAUGCCUUACAUGUUUUCCAGGACUAAUAAAAAAAGCAUAACAAAAAAA